AUAUGAAUAAUCAACCGAUAUCCUGAUUUGUUGUGGAAGGAAGUGGCCUUACAGAAACAUGUUUUAAUAUCCGAUCGAGAAAAAUAAACGUAAAUAUUAAAGUGAGAUAGGUUAGUGAUUGAGGCCAAACUAAAUAAUUAUUUAAUAGCACGUUAUUGGAAUUACCAAACCGCUUCACAUUUGUUUGGAGGAAAUGCCAGGUGUUCUGUAGUGUUGUUGCUUUACCAAACAGGCCGUAGUACAAACAAGCAGCAGAGAUGACUGAGAAUUUCGACCGAGCCCCAGGCGCAGGUAGAGCCCGUAUAAAGCCAACAAGCCCCGGACUCGCAGAUGUAGGAGACGGGGACGCAAACUCUGUUUUCAACCAGCGUGAGCCUCUACGACAGCCUCGGACGUCUCCACCUUUGACUGAGAACAACACAAACACUAGUGAGGCUAUCGGCGGAGAAAGCAGAAGACCAAGCAAACCCCACCAAGUUAUUCACAACAACAGCACUCCUGCCUCCAAAGUGAAAAGGGUGGACUCUCUGGUGAACACCUCCAUUCUGUCAGCCAACGCACCCGAGUUCUACCCUUCCAGCUCCCCCCCCUAUGAGGAAUCUGUUUCGGAGGAUGGCAGCGAUGGCUAUUAUACUGAGACAACAUUGGCUGAAUUGGUUGAGGAGUUUCUCAGCCACCUAAACUCCUCGCCGGGGUCCUUUGAGAACGACAUUGAGCACAUAGCAAACAUGCUGAACAGCUGGGUCACUACAGAGGAGACGCUGCAGGAAUUGGUGGAACUCCUCUACACACAAUCUACUGUUAUCCCCAAUUUCUCUUACACGGGGGCAAGGCUAUGUAACUUUCUGUCUCACAACCUUGCACUCAGCCCAGCAAGUGGCAACUUCCGUCAGCUGUUACUAAAACGGUGUCAGACAGAGUAUGAACAGAGGGGUGUAGCGGUGCGGGGGGACGCGGAGACUCAGAAGAAGUUCCAUGCCUAUGUGCUCUUCCUGGGGGAGCUUUACCUCAGACUGGAGCUUAAGCGUGCGAAAGGGCCUCCGUCUCGAGCUGAGAUCCUGCUUACUGCCCUGAGGGAAUUGAUGAAUGCCCUCUUCUCCAACCCCGUGGAUGGAAACCUCAUCUGUGCUGUCAAACUGCUCAAGUUGACAGGCUCGGUUUUGGAGGAUACGUGGAAAGAGAGCGGGAAGUCUGACAUGGACCAGAUAGUCCAGAGGAUUGAGAACAUUGUGCUGGAUGCCCAGUGCAGCAGAGAUGUGAAGCAGAUGUUAUUGCGACUGGUGGAGCUGAGAUCUAGUAACUGGGGCAGAGUCCAUGCUGCUGCUGCUGCCGACGCUACACCUGACAACGACCCCAACUACUUCAUGAAUGAGCCUACGUUCUACACUGCAGAUGGCACUCCCUUUACAGCAGCUGACCCUGAAUAUUCUGAAAAAUACCAGGAGAUCCUGGAUCGGGAAGAUGACUAUUUCCCAGAGGCCUAUGAAGAGAAUGGAAAUGAAUCAUCAUUCAAUGACGAGGAUGAGAUGGACCCUGAGAUCGAGGAAGCUUUUGAGAAGUUCUGCUUAGAGUCUGAGAGAAAAAGACGACCAUGACAUUAGUAUGAGAGCAUAGCGGGAGACUGAACUUACACAUAUGUUUCGUGUUUGACUUGCUGGAGUGUUUGCGACUGGGGAAAAAUCAAAGAUAACCAGCAAUUGAUAUGUUUCAAAAAUAUAUUUUUUUUGCGCAAAACAAACUGUGCAUAGUUUGCACUUCAGUUACAGGUUAUUUUCUGGCUGGAAUUUGUGUUGGUUGGAAGAUUGGGGACAAUCAAUUGAAUCAUUAUUUCCUCUGAGUUGUAGCGACUGUUCUGAGUGGGGGAGUUAGUUUUCUGCUUCUUUUGAUUAUUUCAUAAAUGCUACUUUCCCUCAAUCUUCCUCAUAACACCGUUGGAAAAAAAGUGUGUGAGGUGGAUUUUAGACUAAGUAGCUCAACAACAGAGUAGCAUUAUCAAAUGUGUGCGUAGUUUGAUUUCAUACUAACUGUAUAAGCAACAACAGAAUAUGGGGAAAUUGGAUAAAUAGGUUGUUGUUUUUUUUACAAUCUAUACCGCCAAGAUGAGCCCGACGGGCCAACCGUGCUCAUUGCCAUGCUUCCUGCCACACCAUCACCUAAGCCCCUUUUUUGAUCUAGAAAAAAAACCUUGCAAUAGAAAUGUGAUGUAUAGAACGAACACUGGAAUGCGUACAAUUUUGCUACAUGGGGCUUAUAAAUACAGUAUUCAAGAGAAUUGUCUGUUCUAUAUGGUACUUCUCUGUUUUCAGUGUUCUGAAUGUUGCACCCUACUGACCUCCAGGGAAAUUGUGUUAAAUUGCACAUUGAGGAUUUGGCCAAUUAGUUGGUCAACCACCCUUUAACAAGCUAUGCAUUUAAGGAGGUGGGUUUGUGAAACUAAUAAAAGAGCUAGAAAUACUGAAUACCGUCAAGUGGCAGCAAACUGUCUGCAAAAGAGAGCUCCAGUUGUUUCCACUUUAGGGGUGUUUUUGUUCUUUUACUGGUUCAAAUGAGCCUUUUUAGAAUUGUAAUUUAUUGGAAAAUUGUUGAGUACAGUACUGGGGUUUAUUCAUUACGGAAACUGUUAAGAACCAAACGGAGCAAAACAAACAAGUUUAUUUUGGACAGGUCCCUCCUGUUCCAUUUGCUUUAGUUUAAGAAACGUUUUGCAACAGAAUUUUCGGAAUGAAUACACCCCUGGCUCUGGUAUCGUUUUUAAUCCAAUUUGUCUAUUGAACACGGCUUUAAACCUUUUGUAGUCCUGCAGUUUGGACCUGUCAUUGAGGAACACCACUAAAACAGUAAUCUCUCAAAGGAUGUACCUGCAAGUUCAAAUUUUUCUUAAUCAGCAAUUAAUCAAUCCCAUACAAAGGAAUGUUUGUACAUAUUAACAGUAUUGUUUGCCUGCAAUAAAUUAUUUAAAGUAUGAGUA